GAAAAUACUGACACCGGCAAACUCCAAAAGGAGAGAGAGAAAGAGAAGCGUCUGUUUGCGCGCCGAAUAGCAGAGGGGUUUUGAGGACGACGAGCUUGAAAAUAUAAUCGGAGAAAAUGUUGUUCUUCUCAUAUUUCAAGGACCUCGUGGGAAGAGAAGUGACUGUGGAGCUGAAGAAUGAUCUCGCUAUUAAGGGUACUCUUUACUCCGUUGAUCAGUAUCUCAACAUUAAGCUUGAGAAUACUAGAGUUGUAGAUCAGGAGAAGUAUCCCCAUAUGCUAUCGGUGAGGAACUGUUUCAUUAGAGGGUCAGUUGUUCGAUACGUUCAGUUGCCUCCAGAUGGAGUCGACAUUGAACUGCUUCAUGACGCCACAAGAAGAGAAGCAAGGGGUGGCUGAAAUCCUCAUCACUACUAUCCUUUUAAUACUUUUAUUAGAUCUAGUUUCAAUAUCCAUUUCCCUGUUUUCAUGAUGUUUCUCUUCUCUAUCAAUGCACAUCAUCUAAUGUAAUAUUUCACUCGUGUUUGGUUUAUUUCCUGUUUAUUCAAUGUUGAUUACAAAUCUGAUUCAUAUUUAUUUACUUUUAUUUACAAAUCUUCAAAUCUUACCUUA